UUCCAGUGACCGCCGCGACCCCCGCCCUGCCUCCCCGCGGGCGCAGGCGGCGCCGGGCCCUCUCUGACUGUCUGGGCCGCUGAGAACCUUCGCUUUCGCUUUGUUGUUCGGCUGACACGCCCGAGGGAUCUUGGGAGUCCGGCCCUCCUGAGUGUUUCCCCGACUACCCCCCGGGCGGGCGGCGUGUGGGGCUGUGGAGGUGGGGUUGGCCCAUCCCCCGAGAGCGGCUCCGAGGGGAGGGGGCAAGAGCAGGUGCUCCCGGCUCUAGCAACGAGGGCUAAAGUUGCAACAAAAGUAACGAUGUGGGUGGUGUUUCCUCGUUGGGGACAAGACAGUAAUCCUAGCUCCUGCUCUUGCACCCGGAGCCGCUUUUCCCUCCUUUUGCGCCGGAGGAAACGAUCUUGGCGGGGCUUGCAGGGUCCCCGUCUGAGGGGCAGAGCCUCGCUCGCCCUCCCCCGGAGCAGCUGGCCUGGGUCUUUUCCUCCUGGAAGCGCCGACUAAUAUAAAAUACAGGAAACAUGUCUCGAAGAUAUGACUCGAGGACCACUAUAUUUUCACCAGAAGGUCGCUUGUAUCAGGUAGAAUAUGCCAUGGAAGCUAUUGGACACGCAGGCACCUGCUUGGGAAUUUUAGCAAAUGAUGGUGUUUUGCUAGCUGCAGAGAGACGAAACAUUCACAAGCUUCUGGAUGAAGUCUUUUUUUCAGAGAAGAUUUACAAACUCAAUGAGGAUAUGGCUUGCAGUGUGGCAGGCAUAACUUCUGAUGCUAAUGUUUUAACUAACGAACUGAGGCUCAUUGCUCAAAGGUACCUAUUACAAUAUCAAGAACCUAUUCCUUGUGAGCAACUGGUUACAGCACUGUGUGAUAUCAAACAAGCUUAUACACAAUUUGGAGGAAAACGCCCUUUUGGUGUUUCACUGCUAUACAUUGGCUGGGAUAAACAUUAUGGGUUCCAGCUAUAUCAGAGUGACCCCAGUGGAAAUUAUGGAGGCUGGAAAGCCACUUGCAUUGGGAACAAUAGUGCGGCAGCAGUGUCGAUGUUAAAGCAAGACUACAAGGAAGGCGGGAUGACUCUGAAGUCGGCCCUUGCAUUAGCAAUCAAAGUGUUAAACAAAACCAUGGAUGUUAGUAAACUUUCUGCAGAAAAAGUUGAAAUCGCAACAUUAACAAGAGAAAAUGGAAAGACGACAAUAAGAGUUUUAAAACAGAAAGAAGUGGAACAAUUGAUUAAGAAACAUGAAGAGGAAGAAGCAAAAGCAGAACGGGAGAAGAAGGAAAAAGAACAGAAAGAAAAGGAUAAAUAAAUAGAAUCUGAAAUCAGGAUUUCUUUUUUAAAUAAAUAACCUUAGGGUUCCUUUUCAGCUUAAAAAGCUGCUCUUAAAAUUCCACAAGGAAGAAGCCUCAGCCAGGUUUUUCUUAGUAUCUUCGGUGAGGAAAUAGGACAUUACUUACUGGAUGGGGUCCUUGUCAUUUCUGUGCUCCUCAGUACUUUACUGUAAUGAUGAUUAUUCCUCACGGACAUCUUAUGUCUGCUUUUUGAAUAAAACUUGGAAACAAUGG